AUGGGGACACUGCAUCCCAUUCUGCCUGGCUCUGUUCCUCAGGCUGCAACGCUGUUUCUUGGGCUGAGGAAGGCACUGAAAGAAAAGGAGAAACAAUUGUAUUUUUUUGAGUCCAGUUCAUUUGGAAAGCCUAUGUUGGAGUCACCAUAUAUGUGGAUUUGAACCAAACUUUUUGUUCAGGUAAGUCUAUGCACCUCAGAUCCAAAUUUGGUGGUGUUCCAGGAUACCUGCAGCACCACUCCAUCUGACUUUGCAUCUCCAACCUAUAACCUCAGCAAGAAUGGAUGUAAUUAAGAUGAGACUUGUAAGGUGCAUCCCUUACCUCGACACUGUGCAAGAUUCCAGUUUAACUCCUUUGAAUUCUUGAGGUGUCUGGGCUCCGUGUAUCUCGAAUGUAAGGUUUCCAGUGGUAGUAGUAAUCAGUCUCGCUGCAACCAGACUGUUUUUCUGAAGAAAAGAGACAUUUCUCCAUACAAAUAGAAGACUAAUUCUGUCAUAGGAUGCAUUCAUCUGAAAAGGGAUUGAAGGGCAAGUGGAAAUUCAGAAUUUCAGUAUCAAACGCGUGAAACCCAGAUUCAACCUUUUAACAAUCUGCAUCUGUUUUCACUCAUGAUCCUUGUUCUGAAUAUUGUGAUUGUGGCUACAAUUCUAGCAAGGCAUUUUGUGAGUCAGAGAACAGACUACAAAGUCCAGAAACUGCAGGACUGUUAA